AUGUCAUUACCACCUCCGCCCCUCGGCCAAGGUGCUGGCUACGGAGUUGUACUGGGACUUGGAAUUGGAUUCGCCAUUGGAAUGGUACUCGUGACAAGACAGUUGAAGAAGACUUUCGGAGAAGAUAACAACACGACUGAAACGUUCAUGGUGGCAAAUCGAAGCAUCGGCACAGGGUUGACUGCAUCCGCAGUGAUCUCCUCUUGGCUUUAUACCAGCGCGCUCCUUGGCUCACCGUACCUCACCUACUCCUACGGGAUCGCACUCCCGCUUUGGUGGGCGGCGGGCCAAAGCACAAUGAUCUGCAUGUUCGCCUGGAUCGCAAUUCAAGCCAAACGUCGCAUUCCAAACGCUCACACCCUUCUCGAACUGAUCAGAGGCCGCUAUGGAACCGUUGCGCACCUCCUCUGGAUCGUGAUGGCUCUCAUCAACAACUUGCUCAUCUUCUCUCAGAUGAUUGUCGGUGCCGCCGCGGCAGUCUCUUCAUUGACCGGGAUGAACAUCAUCGCGGCGACAUAUCUCCUUCCUGCAGGGGUUGUGGUGUACACCUAUUUUGGGGGGUUGAGGGCCACCUUUCUGACAGACUACAUUCACACUGUCAUCAUUAUGAUCAUACUCGUUUGGCUGACGAUUCAGCUGUUGACCAUCAAGGAGAUUGGCUCUAUUGGUGCCCUCUACGAUGCUUUGGUGCCUCUUGGGAAAAAAUAUCCCGUUGCUGGAAAUUACGAGGGAUCAUACUUGACCAUGACCAGCAACCAGUCAGUAUGGUUCGGCAUCAUCCACGUCUUGACCAAUUUCGGUGUGGUCUUCCUUGAUACGGGUUUUUGGCAGAAAGGCUUCGCGGCAGAGGUGGAGGCUGCCGUGCCCGGGUACAUCCUUGGAGGCAAUGCCUACUUCGCCAUUCCUUUUGCUUUCGGCACCAUCAUGGGACUUGGAGCACAAGCUCUGGAAUCCACACCUGCGUUCCCGACAUACCCAAGACGAAUGACGGCGGAGGAGGUAUCGAGUGGUCUCGUGCUCCCGUUCGUUUCACAAGCCAUUGCUGGCAAAGGAGGCGCCGGUGCGGUGCUGGUGAUCAUCUUCAUGGCAUGCACCAGUGUCAGCUCCGCUGAACUCAUCGCCAUCAGUUCAAUCUUCUCCUUUGACAUCUACAGGACCUAUUUCAACAAAAAGGCUACCAACAAGCAGAUUAUAAGGAUGUCGCACGUCGGAGUCAUUGGCGCAUGGCUCGUUGUGUCGAGCAUGGCCACCGGAUUCUACAAAGGGGGCGUGGACCUGAACUGGCUGCUGUACUUCCUCGGCAUCCUGAUCUGCCCGGCCCUUUUCCCAACAACCUUCGCGCUCGUAUGGAAGAAGCAGACAAGAACCGCUGCAAUAGUGGCGCCACUGUGUGGCUUCGCAGCCGGUAUCUCAACAUGGAUUGCAACCGCUGCAAUCGAAGGAUCCGCAAGCAUUCCAGCCCUGGGCAUGGCCUUCCCCUGCAUGUACGCCACCGUGGCCAGCACCUUCACGCCGCUGCCCAUCACAAUCGCAGUCUCCUACCUCUUCCCUGACAACACCUUCGACUGGCCAAAGCUAGCAAAAGCCAUUGAGCGAGUCGAAGACGACGAGCACGGCCAGCUCUCCGCCAAAGCCACGCACUUCAACUACGAUGCCUAUUUCUCGCCGCAACGCGUGCGAUACAUGCGGAAGAUGGCGCGCGUGGCUCUCUGGUGGGGAAUCAUUACUUUCUUGUGCCAGUGGGUGCUUUGGCCGAUUCCCAUGUACGGGGCGUACUUCAUCAUGUCGAAGGGACUCUUCACUGCCUGGGUAGUCGUAUCGCUCAUCUGGCUUUGGAUUGCACUGGGUAUCGCCAGCUUCUACCCUCUGAUCGAUGGAGGUGCGAAGAUGAUCUGGAUGGUCCUGAGAGGGAAGAAAACCGAGCCUGUUGGCGAGCCUGGAGAUGUCACACCUGCUCCGUCGGUCGUGUCGGAGAGGGAGAAGGAAAAGGAAUCGGAUGUUGUCGAGAUUGAUGACAAGAAGGAUGCCUUCUGAGCGUAAAGUAAUUGAUGCGCUUCGUAUCACUCCACAACGCCGUGUAAGGUAUAUACAGUUCACCAGGCACACAUGUGAACCCAUCGCUGUGUCUCCAGCCCUUCUCAUCUACUUCGUCACCUGUCCCGGCGUCACCACAUACGUCGGCCGUACAAAUCUGUAGACUGUCAAUACCACACUCCGGCUCUCCGCACAAGCAGGG